AUGGCGAGUAUACAGCUAUCCAGCGUUGCUCAAUCACAGGACGUUCAGCUGUUACCUAAUGCGGUAGUCACAGAACAACAAUCCCUGAUCGUUGUUAAGAGACUUUUGGCCAUUGCGGUCUCUAGCAUCACCUACCUCAGGGGGCUCUUCCCAGAGAAGGCCUAUGGGACUAAAUUUGUUGAAGAGCAGAAGGUUAUGAUUCUAAAGGAGGAGCGUAGCUGUCCCGGUGCCACUCAGCUUGUGGAAUGGAUUCGGGGAUGCUUUGACGCCAUUCAAAGGAAAUAUCUGCGAUCCAUUGUUUUGUCUAUAUACGGUGCCCCAGAACAACCACAGAUGGUGACAGAAUACUAUCAGUUUAGGAUCCAGUACACUGCAACGGGGCCACAGGUGGACCUUGAAAGCAACAGCAAGGUGGCAGCCAUGUCCUGCUCCAAUACCAAGAAGGCCAGCAUCCUGCUGAUAAGAAAGCUCUACACGCUUGUGCAGAAUCUUGGUCCCUUGCCAGACAGUGUCUCCCUCAACAUGAAGUUGUCCUACUACGACAAUGUCACCCCACAGGACUACCAGCCGCCAGGCUUCAAGGAGGGGGACAGUGACAUGUUCGAGUUUGAGAGGCAGCCUUUGAAGGUCACCAUGGGGGAGGCGGUUACCCCCUUCCACAAAUUUACAGUGGAUGUGAGCACAGAGAAGGAGAGGCUGGAGCAGGUAGAAAAAAUGUUAAGGAAAAAAGAUAGAGAGAAAGACGUAGAUAAGGUGGAUCCUGUUCAUGUGAGGGGCAAGUGGAUUCUGCACAUGGAUGGCUCAGUGGCGCAGAGCAAGACGACCAAAGAAUUGGAGAAGCCUGACGUUGAGAUGUCUUACUUGGACGACAGCGAGACCCAGAUGAGCUCUCAGGAGAAGACGGAGGUGUGGCUGGAAGGCACAGGGAACUCACAGGUGGAGACUGUGGCGAAGGGGACCAGUGAAACGGAGAUGGCACUCAAGAGGAGGUGGCCCAGAAGAGUCAUUAAGUUGACAAAGAGACAGUGGAUCCGACUUAGUCAGGCGGCAGUGGAGGUCGGCAUUGUCACCAUUAUUGUUCACGAAUCCUCAUCAGCCCCAGAAUAUGGCGCCAUGUCUCAGUUUGAAAUCCUCAGCAGUCAGGAGUGCGUCAACCCUUCCUCCUCUAUGCGCAAGAGGCGCAAGUUUAGCGAGCCCAAAGAGUGCUGA